AUGGUCAAGGGGACUCCUUGGUCAAUUCAGGAGCGAAUCCUCACACACAUCUUAAUGCAACUAGCCGAAGCUAAAAGCAGAGAAGAAAUGCUCCAGCAAAUCCUUGAUGAAUUACCAGCUUUUGCGAACAAAAUUCGCCAGUGGACAGGAGUAUACCGCGAGUAUUCUUUCGAAGUUCUUGAUCACCAGAGAAUUAGGCGCAAAGGUUUCAUGAACCAACAAGUCUUCGACAAUUAUUUUGGGGUAGGAGAGGACUUUGAUGGUGUCGAAUUUCGAAAGCGCAAAUAUGAGGUCGUCGAUGCUAUCUAUCAACUGGCACCACACCUGAUCCCCGGAAUGCAGGCCUUUGGAUACCACAAUGAGUUGGAUUGGAAUUAUGCACAAAUAACUGCGAUGCAUUUUAUCAGAAUGUCUUAUGAGGAUUAUCACGUAUGGGGCUGGAAGAGUUUUGCUAUGGCUCUCACCAAACACGCAAUAAGCGAGAAAACCAUGGACCCGAUCAGUUGGGAACGUACAGAAUAUACUCACCGGAGGCAUGUCAUGAUCAUUACGUUUUAUACCAGGAUUUCUACGACUUCGAAGUGUUCUUAGAUCCGGCGAAGUUCGAUCCCGAGGCUUAA